AUGACGACACCACCUCCCCCUCGCCGCCGCCGCCUCGUCGGCCUCUCCUCCAAAAUGUACUUUUCCCUCUCUCAGACGGAGUCUUACACCGCCGACGUCCUCGCGCGCCUCGCCGCUCUCCCGCCCGCACUCCUCGCCGACACCGAUGUCUUCAUCCUGCCCGACUUUCUCACCGUGGCCGCCACCGCCGCCCGCAUCGCCGCCAACGGCCUGCCCGUGUGGUCUGGCGCCCAAGACUGCCACUGGGAGGACCGCGGCUCCUUUACCGGCGAGGUGAGCCCCGCGGUGCUGCGCGACGUCGGCGCGCGCAUCGUUGCCGUCGGCCACGCGGAGCGCCGCCGGCUAUUCGCCGAGGACGACGCCGUGGUGGCUAAAAAGGCAGCGGCGGCGAGCCGCAACGGCAUGGUGCCGCUGGUGUGCGUCGGCGAAGAGACAGAGGGCGACGUCGGGGUCGCGGUCGCCGAGUGCAGGACCCAGGUCGAGGCCGUUGUCGGCGCGCUGGCGGAUGACGCGGAGCUGGUUCUCGCGUAUGAGCCCGUGUGGGCGAUUGGCGCGUCGCAGCCCGCGGGGGAUGCGCAUGUGCUGGGCGUCGUUGCGGGACUGCGCGAGCUCGACUGCGUCAAGAACAGAAAAGGCACGACGCGGGUUGUAUACGGCGGCAGUGCUGGCCCUGGCCUGUACGAGCGUCUCAAGACUGGCCUCGACGGUCUCUUCCUCGGGCGUUUCGCCCACGACCCGGAGCGUUUUGUGCAGACUGUCAAAGAGGUCGCCGAGGCUUAA